ACAUAGAAAUGGGGUUGUCCAUAGAGAGCGAGUCAAUGAGUCAAAAGCACUAUCAUAUCCACAAGCUUUUCUUGUUCUGCAACUACAUACUCCUUGGCGCAGCCUCCAGCUGCAUCUUCCUCACCCUCUCUCUCCGCCUCUUCCCCUCCCUCUGCGGCUUCUUCUUGAUCCUCCUCCACGCGUUCACCAUUGCAGGCGCUGUGUCUGGCUGCGCCGCCGUUUCCGGAGAUGCUAACCGCUGGUACUCUGCUCACAUGGUGGCCACCGUGCUAACCGCCAUAUUCCAGGGAUCUAUUUCGGUGCUGAUAUUCACGAGAACUGGGGACUUUCUUGUGCAGUUGAAUUCAUACGUGAGGGAAGAUGAUGCCUCGGUGAUCCUCAAACUUGGUGGGGGCCUUGCUGCUUUGAUAUUCUGCUUGGAAUGGGUGGUCCUCACUCUUGCGUUUUUCUUGAAGUACUACUCUUAUGUCGAAGGAAGUGAUGGUGUUGCUGCCAGGAGAACUGCCAAGGUUCAGGGCCAAGACGAUUUGAAGGAUUGGCCAUGGCCUUUCCAAGUUUGAAUCUUGUUUUCUUAUUAUUAUUCUUUUGUUUCUUGGUUCUUUGAAUGAAAGAAAGGGGCAUCCUUGUCCCACUUUGACAAAUAUUUAUAUAUUUCUAUAAGUAUUCAGAAUACAAUGAAAAGAAAGGAUCAUUCUUGAUUA